CCGGGAAACGUGCAGGGGCCGCCAGGUCUGCACCCGGUUCUGAGGCGCACCUGACACGGCGAAAAAAAAAGAAGCUAAAUAAAAUAAGUAAUUAAAUAAGUGAAUAAAUAAACAAACAAGGCACCCUACGUCCUUGACAGUCGCAACCAGGCCAAGGCCGGCUCGGGGCCUUAUUAAUAAAUGACUCCCCUAGGCCCAAAGAACGCCGGCCUCAGUUCUUGGGGGGUUGGGAGACGGCCACCGCGCGUCGAGGGGCUUCCUCCGCCUCGUCCCCCUCGCGCGGCCCGCAGGGUUUGUGAUGGGAUCUCCCAGGCGACGGGCUCCGCACCAAGAUGGCGGAGGAAAAGGACCCGGAGAGUACAGAGGCAAUAGUGGCAGAACUUAAUAAGAAGAUCAAAGAGGCGUUUGAAGUGUUUGACCAUGAAUCGAAUAAUACAGUAGAUGUGAGAGAGAUUGGGACGAUUAUCAGGUCGUUAGGAUGCAGCCCCACUGAAGGAGAACUGCACGAUUUCAUUGCCGAGGUAGAGGAAGAAGAACCCACUGGGUACAUUCGAUUAGAAAAAUUUAUUCCAGUGAUGACCAGAGUACUUCUAGAAAAAAGAUACAGACCAAUUGCUGAAGAUGUCCUUUUGCGAGCUUUCGAGGUUUUGGAUCCAACUAAACGUGGGUUUCUGACUAAGGAUGAACUGGUCAAGUACAUGACUGAGGAAGGUCAGAGGGCUUUAUUUCUUGCGAGCCUUUUUCCCAAGAGGAAAUGGAAGAAAUGUUGUCUGCUGCAAUUGAUCCCGAAUCAAACACCAUUAAUUACAGAGACUACAUAACAGUGAUGGUGAUAGAUGAAAAUUAAAUGCUCGAAAGACUUCUUUUUUCUCCUUUUAAGACAACUGUAAACAUUCAAUUUCUAAUUGAAAAGAUACUUUGAAAAAUUCUCCUAAUUUUCACAUUUUAUCUUAAAAUUUCUAUAUUUAGUGUCUCAUGAUAUAAUUGUUUCAAGGUAUUUUGUUUACUAGAGAUGAUCAAUUUAAAACAUAAAUUUUUUAGAUGACCAGCUUUAUGGACGGACAAGUUGAUUAUUUAAAAGGAAUUAUACAGUAUUUUAAUGUUAA